AUGACUGAUUUGGACUUGGUUGCUUUGGAAAUACCAGCAUCUUUACCAAAUAUCAAUGAUUCUAGAUUAAAAAUACUUAAAACAAAUGAAUUAUUACAACAAACUAAAAAUCAAUUGGAAGAAUUGAAAAAAAGACUUCAAAAAAAAAAUGAUGACGGUGAUGUUGUUGCUGUUAGUGAAGGCGAAUGGAAGAUAAAAGUAGAAGAAUUUGAAAAUAAAAAGAAAGCUUUGGAGAAAAAUUUAUCAGAAAUUUUUGAUAAGAAAUUUAAAGAAGAUCUUAAAACAAAAUUAAACAAGAUAAGAAGACACCAGGAACAAGCAAGAAAAAAAGAAGCUGAAAAAAGAUUUCAAAUAGCUGAAUUUAAUAAAAACAAACAUAAAGAACUUAAAAAAAUAUUAGAAAAGGUUAGACAAUUAAGAGAUUUACGUCGUGAACGAUUUAAACGAGAAGGUCAUUUCUUUCCGGAAGAGGAUGACGAAUUUUUCAAUAGAAUAGCAUCACUGAAUGAUGUAAUGAAUGAAGAGGAAGCUAGACUGGAUCAGGAGAGAGAUGCGGCUGCUGAACAUAAACGAAAUGAAACUAUCGAUGCCGGGAUGAAAGAACGUGAACGUGAAAGAGAUCCUGUCUAUGAGUACUGGCAUCAAGCUGAAAUUGAUCUUGAUAGUUUGGUUUCUAUAAGGUAUAAGUGGGAUGCUUAUAUAGUACCUCCAGGUACAAAUGGAGCAUCGUGUAUACCUCCAACAUUUGUACAACCAUCACCACCUGCGAAUUAUAUAUGGGCAUCUUGUCUUACACAUGGAAUUGAUCAUCACGAAUCAAACCAACAACAUGACAGAUAA